AUGGGCACGUUGGCGGCGUUGUUGGCGCCCAUGGCGUAUUUUUUCGUGGCAGCAGGCGGCAGUGGCGACGAGUGCUCUGCCUCUUGCUUUGGGCAGACCGACAAAUGCUGCGUCAAGGGCGGUGGAUCCAUUUGUGCGGGUCGAUGCUACUGUACAGAAGAUGACAAGGAUGGUUACUGGUGUGAAGAUCCCAGCAAAAUCGGUGCCGGUGGCAUUCUCAUUGCCUUGGCUAUUUUGCUUCUUUUCUUGGCGUGCUUUGGAUGCCUCGUUCGGCACGGCUACAAUCAAGACAAGGAAGAAUUUGAAGCCUACCACCGACGCUUGGCGGAAGCAAACGACACCACAAACGGCAACGUUGACAAUAAUGAUGCCAGCGCCAAGGAGAAAACAGAGCCAACCGAAGCGACCGACAGAGAACCAACUGAACACGAUGCAACAGCAACAGCACCGGCACCGGCAUCAGCAAAGCCUGCAACAGCCAGGAGCAAAUCAAACCAGCAAGUCCCGAAUCAACCUAAGCCCCUGGAAGGGAAAAUGGCAUCUCAAUACAAUAUGAAAUGGUCUGAUGCCAAGAGCUCCCUUGGCAAGGCGAGAGAAAUGUUUGGUGGAUCCAUCGACAACCAGGAAGCCCUUAUGGAUGCAGCUUACCAAAUUCACAUGAGUCGUCAAGCGUCCAAUCACAAUUCGAGCCGAACCACCCCCGAACCGAGAAAUUCGGCAAGAAAAAUCGAGGCGCCAGUCGCCGCGGAUGUUGGCUACACAGAAGGCUCGGUUUUGUAUGCCUAG